CUCCCCCGGCCCGGACUCUGAAGGCACAGCAGCCAUGGCGACCAACAUGUCGAAGAAGCGCAAGUUCGUGGCGGACGGCGUGUUCUACGCCGAGCUCAACGAGCUUCUUACCCAGGAGCUUGCCGAGGAGGGUUACGCCGGUGUGGAGGUGCGCGUGACCCCUUUGCGCACUGAGAUCAUCAUCAGCGCCACCCGCCCGCAGAACGUGCUGGGCGAGAAGGGCCAGCGCAUCAGGGAGCUCACCUCCGUGGUGCAGAAGCGGUUCAACUUCCCCGACGACGCUGUCGAACUCUACGCGGAGCGAGUCGCCAAGCGCGGCCUGUGCGCGCAGACUCAGGCGGAGUCGCUCAAGUACAAGCUUUUGGGCGGACUUGCCGUGCGCCGCGCAUGCUACGGUGUCCUUCGCUUCAUCAUGGAGUCUGGGGCCAAGGGUGCCGAGGUGAUCGUGGCUGGUAAGCUGAGGGCGCAACGUGCGAAGGCCAUGAAGUUCCGCGACGGUUACAUGAUCAAGAGCGGCCGCGUCAGGGAGGACUACGUGGACCACGCCGUGCGCCACGUUAUGAUGCGCCAGGGUGUGCUGGGUGUCACCGUGUCCAUCAUGCUUCCCCACGACCCUACGGGCAAGGAGGGACCGAAGACCCCCCUCUCGGACGUGAUCACCAUCCUGCCGCCCAAGGAGGAGAUUGCUUUGGAAGCUACCCCUAACUUCGGUUAAACCACCAAAAGCAUGUGUCAUGCUUGGGUAGUGGACUAGGGGCUGCCUACCAGGGGAGGGAUUGAAAAGCAUUGACGUACCACGUCUGAAGUGGUUAUAAGGAUGUGUUUUUCGAUUUUUUUUGUCCACGACUCCGGUUUAUGAUAUGCACGUGUCCACCCACAGUGUCGAAACGCAAUUUGAGCGUGCCGACCCGGGACCCCGCGAGGCCAAAGUGCAUGUGCAUGCUCAAGGAGAGCUUGUGCGAUGCAGCCGGACACGGAGGCAUUUUGCCGUCCCUCAAACAAUCUCUGUGCCCUCCUGGAUUUUUUUUUGUUGCUCCAUUCCAAAAGCACUGGCAUUACUCUUCCUCCGUGAAACCUUGACCCAACAUUGCCAACGUCGCCAAACAGACAAUAUAAAACGUAGCGCUGUUUAUUUAGCGGUAGCAAACUCG